AUGGAUACCCACGACGUCUCGAAUGUUCCGGAGUACUUUCAGCACCUUCAGUUACAGAAGAAAAAUCUGAAAAACGCGCAGGCAGUCAAGGGAUGUCCAGCAAGACCCCAAAAGUCUAGAGAUGAAAUCUUGAUGCAGUUCAUGUUUCGACAAAUGAUGAACCCAGAAACUCCUGCUGAUCCGAAGCAUAUCCGAUCCUCAUUCCUACCCCCUGCGUACCCUCCCUGUGUUACUCCAUUCAGCAAGUUGAAAAAGGUCAUGAUCAAAAACUUAUAUCUUGAAACUCAUCAUCGGGAACAGUACCUCCUUCUGAGAACGGUCACUCGGACAGAUACAAUCACUGCUGUGAUGGCCAUCGUAGAAGAUGAAGACGGAAGUGUUCUCAUGAUACAGCUCUACAACCAAGAGCAAGAGCUAUCGGGCCCACAGAGUCUCAGAGAGGGUACAGUUCUUGUUGUGAAAGAGCCCUAUGUGAAAGUAAUGGCAGACGGGGACUAUGGGAUUCGAGUGGACCAUCUCUCGGAUGUCAGAUUUAUCCCUGAGUUUGACGAGCUAGUUCCCUUAUGCUGGAGGAAACGGGUCACGCAGGCGGAUGAGAACGCCUCUUUUUGGAAGGCGAAAGGAAACGAGCAUUUUAAUCAGGGUGAUCAUCAAUCGGCAAUCCAACGCUAUUCAAAGUGCUUGGAGACCCGUUCCUCGCCCGAAUUGCAGGUGACAGUACAGCUCAACCGUUCCCUUUCAUUUUUGAAAAGCUAUUGCUUCGAUGCAGCGUUGAGAGAUGUGGAAGAUGUCUUAUCAAUAUCAGAGCUGUCAGAAAAGGCUCUUUUCAGAAAGGGCCAAGCCCUAUAUCAACUUCGAAGGUUCAAGGAAUCAUGUGAAACUUUUGCACUACUCACAGAGAAGUAUCCAGAUAACACCCAGGCUGCUCAUGAGUAUGCACGAGCAUCUUCUCGGCUUGUGGAGCAGGAGAGUGGGAAAUACGAGUUCAGAAAGAUGAUACUCGAGGCCAAGAAGCGUCAGCCCCCGAGACUUGACCGCGGUACCUACAUUGGUCCUGUGGCUGUGAAGCAGACUCAAUCUCAUGGAAGAGGACUCUUCACAACUCAGGCAGUGAAGGCAGGCGAUCUUCUGUUCUGUGAAAAGGCAUUUGCUCACGCUUUCCACGGUGAAGAUUCCCCAAAGGGUCUCCGUCUAUUACUCAAUGUCGACAUGGACAAAGCUACGAUUGGUACCCAAGUAGAGCUUAUUGAAUUGAUUGUUCAAAAGCUUUACAAAAAUCCAUCUUUGCUACCAGACUUUGUCAAUCUUCAUCACGGCACAUACAAAUCAGUGGAUUACCUACAGGGGGGUUUUACGGUCGUAGAUACUUUCCUCGUUGAGAGAAUCAUCCUCUUAAACGGUUUCGGGUGCCCUCUUCUCUCCCACGAGAGUCACAUUCACAGUAUGAAAGGAGAUUACGGUUCUGCCAAAAAGGCCAAUGAACGGUUUCAUUCCAGUGGUGUCUGGUCUAUGGCGUCAUACAUUAACCAUUCUUGUCUGAGCAAUGCUCGUCGUUCUUUCAUUGGAGACAUGAUGAUUGUUCGUGCUUCAAGGGACCUGCCUCCUAACACCGAAAUUACCUUUUGGUACAAAUCGCCCAUGACCGACGAUCCCAAAGAAUCCCCCGUCAACCUACAGCACUGGGGUUUCAAGUGCGAUUGCAUAUUAUGCCAAGAUACACGAAGCCUUAGCAAGGAUGUUCGAUCAAACCGAAACAAACUUUUAGCCGACCUUCGAAGAUUAUUCAAGAGACCCAAGAUGAAUUUGCCAAAGAUUGAAGACACAAUUUCUACUCUAGCAGGCACAUAUCACCGACCAGCUUCUGAAAUCCCUCGUCUUGAACUUGAUUCGCCAUAUCUGUCUCUUGCUGCGAUCUAUGCUUCAUCUGGCAAACACGAAAAGGCUGUGAAAUUCGGAAUCAAGAGCCUAGAGUCACUUGGGUUCGUUAUAAAAGGGGGAGAUAUUCCUCAUAUCUCAGAUGCUCCAUUAGUUGUCCAAAAAUGGGGCCUGAUGACCGAUGCAGUGGUGGCAUGCUGGAUGAUUCUGUGCAAUGCAUUUCGAGAGCUCGCGCCUACUCUCGCGUCUCAAGCUGAAGGAUAUGCCAGAGUCUCCUACAAAAUCUGCGUUGGCGAAGAUGAGACUUUUGAUCGGACAUACAGCAGGCUAUCAAAUCGGGUGGAUGGAUUUUUGACAACUUCAAAGUAG